GGAAAAAAUGUCUUCUGCCACAAAUACUACCAAGAUCGGCAGCAAAGACGAUGCUCUCAUUAAGAAAUACUUGUUCGAUAAAGCCAUGAAAAGCGAAUGGAAAGAUGUUGUCGAGGCGUAUACGAACAAUGAGAUUGCUCACGGGGCAAAGAUCACCAAGUCAGGUGACACGGCAUUGCACAUAGCGGUGUUAGAAGGCCAACAUGACCAUGUUGCAGAACUGGUAAAACUGGUUUCCGAAGAGAAGCUGAAACUCCAAAACGAGCGAGGGAAUACACCUCUCCAUUUUGCUGCAGCACAGGGGAAUGUGAGAAUGUGCCAGUACAUUACCAAAGGUCGUCCUUCUUUGGUUAGUAUUCUCAACAAAGAUAAAGAGACCCCUCUCUUCUUGGCUGCUCUCCAUGGCAAAAAAGAUGCCUUCUUGUGUCUCCACUACAUAUGUACUCCUGACGAGUCUCCUCCAAACUACAGUUACUGUAGGAGGGAUGAUGGAGAGACUAUAUUGCAUUGUGCAAUUGCUGGAGACUACUUUGAUUUGGCAUUUCAUAUAAUAGCCCUGUAUGAAGAUCUAGUUCAAUCUAUCAAUCAAGAUGGGUUUUCCCCUCUCCAUCUUCUGGCGAGUAAGCCUUCUGCCUUCAUGAGUGGUUGUCACCUUAGACCUUGGACCGCAAUCAUUUAUCACUGUAUUUUGGUCGAUGAGCUGAACGUGGAAGAAGAAAAACACUUCCAUGACCGGGUAACUAAUACAAUUAACGAUGAAAAGGCUACGAAUUACCCAGACAACUACAAAACCUGUAUGCUAGUGUACGGGAAAAUGGCUGAAUUAUUAUCAUUUGGUAUGUUUUACCCUAAAAGCCGGAAAAAAUCCACAGAUCCAGAGAACCGUGAAGAAGCUACUGGAGUUCAUAAAGUAGCUACCGAAGGAAAUUCAGAUUCUUACGACACCUGCUUUAAUUUUGUCAAGCUCUUAUCAAAGGCAAUGCUCAUUGUUCUUGGAUUAGGAUCUACGGAGAUACAGAAGAUUAGGAUCAAGAAACAAAAGCAAAAAUGGGCUGUUCAGAUCAUGGACAAGCUACUAGAAAGUGCUAAGAUGUAUGAAUAUGAAUACAGUGGUAUGAACCCGCAAACCCACAUAGACGAUGAAACAGUGCCGUACAAAGUUUCAGACGGUGGCGACAGCAUCACUUUUGGAAACAUUGGGUCAUUGCCACCAGAAGCUAUGGAGAAAAAGGCUGAGAUUGAAAAGAAGGAAACACCCAUUUUGAUUGCUGCGAAGAAUGGUGUGACUGAAAUGGUGGAGAAGAUCCUCAAACAUUUUCCGGUGGCUAUCCAUGACCUUAACGCACAGAAAAAGAAUAUAGUUAUGUUGGCUGUGGAGCACAGGCAACCUCAUGUGUACCAACUCUUGCUACAGAAUAAAAUGAAGGAAUACAUUUUCUGCAAAGUGGAUGAAAAUGGCAAUAGUGCAUUACACCUUGCAGCAGAGCUGAGAGAAUAUAAGCCUUGGCUAAUUCCUGGUGCUGCCUUGCAAAUGCAAUGGGAAAUCAAGUGGUAUGAGUUCGUGAAAAACUCAAUGCCACACCAUUUCUUCGUCAGAACCAACAAGAAGGGGCAAACGGCAAGGGACAUCUUCACCAAAAGCCACACCAAUAUCGUCAAAGAGGGCGGAAGUUGGCUGACCAACACCUCACAGUCCUGCUCAGUCGUUGCCGCACUCAUCGCCACUGUCGCCUUCGCCACGGCCUCUACAGUCCCCGGUGGCACCAAUCAGGAAAGCGGCAGGCCCACCCUCGAAAACCAGACGGUUUUCGACAUCUUUGCCAUUGCCUCCCUCGUCGCCCUUUGCUUCUCCGUCACGUCAAUGGUGAUGUUCCUGGCCAUUCUGACAUCAAGGUAUCAGGAGAGGGAUUUUGGGAAAGACCUGCCGAGGAAGCUCCUGUUCGGCCUGACGACGCUGUUUUUGUCCAUCAGUUCCAUGCUGAUAUCGUUUUGCGCCGGGCACUUCUUCGUGCUCAAAGAUAAACUCAAGUACGCGGCGUUUCCGGUGUAUGCAAUAUCGUGUUUGCCGGUGUCAUUCUUUGCUAUAGCGCAGUUUCCGUUGUACGUUGAUCUGGUGUGGGCGACGUUUAAGAAGGUACCGCAGCGGAGUUACAGGGAAUGACCAUAAAUACUAAAAAGAUGAACAGUAGUCUCAGUCAUCGAAUUACAUAUAGCCACCGAAAGAGACAAGGAUCUACUCUCAUUCUACCACAUCGCGCUCCUUCACUUGUGUCUUGCAACUCCGAGUUCGCUAGUUACAGUGCUUAUUGACCUUUAUAUAUCUUCACACUUGUUUGGAGAAGGAAAUAGGGUAGCGCAUGCAUGCUCCAGCUAAUCAUGAUUCA